AUGUCUACCACCACUACUUCCACCAGCCCAACCGACGUUGGACAAGCUCUGAUUAAUGUACUGAAUAAUCCAACUGGCAAUCUGACUAGAUCACUACUUUUGGCUGAUGAGGAUGGGAACAUCACAGGCAAAAAGGGCUCUCGGUUUAUUCUUCAGUCUUAUGGCUACCUAGAUCUGAGGGCGUCCCUCGUCGCCAGCCUGAACUUUCCCUUAGAUGCGGCAUCGUUUGAGACCUCGUAUCCCGAAGCCUCUUUGCAGUCACUGAAUACCUUCGAUCCCCUUCUGUACAAGGAAACAGAAACUGCGAUUCUGGACUUUUGGAAUGCCUGCAGCGAUUUCAAUCAAUUCGCGCUCUCCAGCUUCUGGACCAUCUUCAUCGAAACGCAAAUGAUUUGCCAAGCUCUCAUUGAUCAGCUCUCAGGAGCGGGAGAUUCCAGUCUGCAGGGAGUCAUUAACACAUUGACUAGUCAGACAUACUCUCAGCCAGGCUCUGAGAAUGACCCUGAGUUCAAAAGUCUUGCUCAAAGCGCCAGUGAAAUACUACAGAAUCUCAGCCAGGCAGUGAACCAGAGAACAAGCAGUAUUCAGGCUUUGGCAGGCACUAUCGCAACUCAAGGAAGCAAGAUCCAGGCGACCAAGACCGAAAUCGAUGCCGUCGUGGAGAAGAUCGGCUUGAACGAUGGUGACCAUUUCAUCUCUUCGCUUGAUGAGACAACUCCCAUGAAUCUAAUAGUCCUCAAUAACAGCUUCGAAGCAGCUCAGGCCGCGAAGGCAGAUUGGGACCGUGAGAUGAUGGAAACCGGCACCACGGCGUCUUACAUCUAUAUCCCUGUUGCCGGCUGGAUUUCUGGGUCAAACGCUAUCAUUACGAAGCAGAAAGAUGUCAGACUGGCGUGGGAUAAGUACCAAGCACACAUCGUAAAAAAGAGCACUGACGCCAACAAGACAGCCUACGCUCUUGUUGGUGCAGUGAAUCUGCUUUCUUUCCAGAAUGGAGCCCUGUGUGAUAAGCUACAGAGUGUCGAGAGGGCGUUGAGCGAGAUUCAGUCUACCUUUGCAGCGGUUGGCAGCAACCUGGGCCAGGCUGCGACACUGAUGGCUGCUGCAGAUGGAACUAUCAGAACAUCUCUGAUUGCGAACCAGCAGGUGAUACAAGCGGGAAUCACCAACGCUGUGAAAGAGUUUCAGGAUACUUUGUCUGCGGUUAACGCACUUGUCACGAUUGACUCGAAUUUCCAGACUACAGGAAUCACUGCGGAUAUCGAUGCUCCCAGCAUCUUUUCAGAGUAG